AUGAACCUCAUCAUCAGCCAUGCUCUCGACCUGAACACUUCCAACAUCGAGGUGGACCUGGACCCUACCGACCUUACCUGGAUUGGGAGCUGGGCAGCUGUCGGCGACAGCUAUACUGCAGGCAUCGGGUCCGGUGACUUGUACAGCGAGAAGCAAGCCGAUUACGAUUGUUCUCGAUACGAUCUGUCGUACCCGUCCCUCCUCCAGCAUGCCCUCGGACCACAGGCCAAAGAAUUCCAGUACGUCGCGUGCAGUGGUGCUCGCACAGGUGACAUAUUCGAUCAGGUGAACAAACUGUACGGUAACCUUGAUCUGGUGGUCCUGACGGCCGGAGGAAACGACUUGUGCUUGAGCGACAUCAUCAAAACCUGUAUCUUCCUGCCCUUCCAAGGGGAACAAAAGUGCCUGGACGUCAUCAACAAGGCGCAGGAAAACAUCGAUACUAUCCUCAAGCCCAACGUCCGCGAGAUCCUGACCGCACUCCAGACCAAGAUGGGUUACAACGGAGUCAUCAUCUACGCCCUCUACGGCCAGUUCUUCAACACCGAGAACGACGACUGCGCCACCAGCCAGGACUGGGCAUUCCCGCGCCUGGAUCCCAUCAGCCCCCUUGCCCUGACCAAGGAACAUCGCGAGAAGUUCAACACGCUGGUCGUGAACAUCAACAAGGCCAUCAAGGACGUUGUGCAUGAACUUAGCCCGAGCACGGAUUCCUAUCCCUUCAUCGGCACCGCUGACUGGGACGCCUUCGUGCGCGAAGGUCUCCACGGCGAGUUUUGCCGUCCCGAGUCGACCGGCCAGUAUCCCGAUCCCUCACAGCCCAAUCUCGCCUUUUUCAAGCCCGAUACGACCAUCGGCGGAAAGCGCGAACUGAAGAAGAAGCGUGACAUCAGCCUGAUGGACGGCCACAAAGCCGAGAUCGACAUCGGCAACUCCGCCCUCUACAAAUCCACCCUCUACAACUCGCCCAACCCCGGUGCUGCCGUCCUCCACCGACUCGAUCCUCGCACCCCUUCCCCCCCUGGCUGCCCGGGCGAUGAUGGGAUCUCCUUCGGCGUCGGCCUCCCCGACCGCUGGGGGCGAUACUUCCACCCAAACGAGAUCGGCCACCGCGCAAUCGCCUCCUUCAUUCUCGACGGCAUCUACAAUCAACGAUCAGGGCGCCUCGGAAAGAAAAAUCCAUCCUGCACUCGGUCGCCCAACGAAUUCCGCUGCUGGCAGAAAGACGGGCGCAAGGACUACGCCAACCCGGACCUGCUGAACACUAACUACAAGACGUACUGCAACGAAGUCAACCGGCACUACCACAACAAGAACUGGAAAGACGAACGCUGGUUCAACUCGCAGACCCCCGAGGCGCACGUCUUCAGCAUCACCCUGCAAGGCGGCGCCAACACCUUCGACGAGGCCCACUGCGUCGAGUCCUUCGAGCGCAUCAUCAACAGCUGCGACGGGAACGACCCCGAGAACCCGCUCAACUGGAAGUUCGGGGGCCGCUGGACCCGCGGAAACUACAUCUACCAGCUUGACGUCGAGAACUCCGUCAAGCGCCCGUGGCCGCCCAUGAAGGAGCUCAAUGGGUAUUGCAGCUCCUCCUACAAUGUGGUUUAUGAUUCCUAUGAGAUGCGUGGCAGGGGCUGGGCCAGCACCGACUGGGGCCAGGAUACUUUGCUGCCUGCUAUCAAGGGCUGUGUGGGCCUGGGCGUUACCGCUUGGGACUUCAAUUAUCUGGAUGAGCCGGACAGUGAUGGCAAUGAGUGGAAGGUUACCUUUAACACGCCGAUCUGGACGGCGGCGAGAUGCUUCAAUAAUAACAAGGUUGCUAUGAAGGCGGGCGGGUUCACGGAUGGUUGCAAGGGGGGUGGAUGA